GGCCUAGGGCGUUUGUUGCGCGUUUGUCUCCAGGAAAUCCGCGUUUCUGUCGGGUGAUGCCGCGCCGUUUCGCUUGACGGAUGCACCGACUCGCGCCGGCUGUGUACCUGCUGCUACAGUUGCACACUGGCGCGCCGGGCACAAAGGUGCCGGUGUCGACGCCGGUGAAUUUCCUUCGUUUUUCUCGCCAUUUUCACUGACUCCAUGCGUCCGCUUCAUUUCGCGACCUUGCGUCUUCCUGUACAGCCCAGCUUGAACUUUUCUGGGAGACAGUUGGGGAAUUCGUUGCUCGUGACUGGGCGCCAUGUCGGCAACGCAGCCGCAAAACGCAAAGGCUGGCCGCACGUGCAAAGCGUCCUUCCCUUUCCUGUGAAAUGAGCGAAACGAGGAACUUUUGCUUUGCGCUGCCACAGCAGAAGGAAUUCCUUAACAGCAAAGGAACGUCCUUCAAAAGGCGCGCAAAGAUGUUGACGUAGCCUCCGCACCGCGGUGCCACUGCAGUAGAGAACACCGUCGACGUCGUCGAGUCCUGGAAUCCGGCGUUUUUCAUUUCUUCUUUCGACGCACGCGAAGUUCCACAAGAACGUUCAGUGAGGUCUCUUCACGCUAUGCAAACUUCCUUUUUUUUCGAGGCACACGGAAACCAAGUCCAAUGGCAGCUCGCCGCGCGAGGGGCCUCCCCUCCUUCCACCCUCUUCGGGGAUCCUUCUCGCGCUGCCUCACGCGGCGAACAGUGUCUCCGGUCUCUCUCUCGAGGUCGUCUCUCUGUUCCUCCGCUCUUGCUUCCUCUUUUUUCGCUCGUGCUCCUUCCUUGUCUUCUCCAGCUUCCCUAGCUUUUUCGCUUUCUCUGCCCGACGCGUUUUCUCCUCGCCUGGUCAGUUUGCCGGGCGACUCUGCAGAGUUCGCUGUGUCUGCGGCUUCUUCUGGUGUGUCUUUCGCUUCGUCUCCGAAAGCCUGUUCUCCUUUUGUGAGUGGAGCUCGACGGCUUUUUUCCUGCUCUCGCCUUGCCUCGCAUAGGAAACAAGAGGGUCCCCCCGUGUCUCGUCCUUGCGUUCGCCGCCACUGGGCCUCUUCGCCUUCGCGCGAUUCGUUUUUCGCUCUCUCCUGUCUCUGUCCUUCCCUGCCUCCGGUCGUCUCGUCGACAGCUACCGCUCUCCCCCCUCGCCACUGGUCACCUCGUGCAAUGCCUCUCGCCUUGUCGUCAUUUGCAUCGUUUUCUGCCUCUUCUUUCUCCGGUCGCUCCUCUGCGUCUGCUUCAUCGUCUGCUGCCCAUUCCUACGUUUCUUCCCCUUCUUCCGGAGCAGAGGCAGUGGCGCUUCUGCGUCGUCUUUCUCUUCGAAAGAGUCUCUCCUCUCUCCCCGCACCCUCAGGCGAUCCCAGGCAUCCCUCGCCCGCGCCUCCACGCCUGCAUGCGGAGACACCCCAGCUUUCCGUCCUCCUGGCGCAGUGCUUCUCCGACCGUCACAGUCUGCAGACCGAGGCCGUCUUGUCUCUCCUCCACUCUGCGCUUCUUCUCCGCGUCUCCUCCUCGCAGCUCCUCGCUGGGUUGGCUGAGGAACUCGAGUUCCGCCUCAUUCGCACGAUGAGCCUGGACAACUUGUGCGCCGUCCUCAGCGCCUACAGCUUCUUCUUUCCGGUAUCGAUACACCUCAGCGCAGGCCGGACGGCGCCGGAUCCGCCAGCGCCCGUCAAGCGCAUGCUCGCACUCUUGAAAAAGGAAAUGGAACGCCUUUUGAACGAAGGCAGUCUGCGAGACUCUGCAGCCAGGCCGACGGAGAACGCCCAGGACGCGGGGCCUGCACGACAGGCCGUGCGAAGAGACUGGGGUGUACAUACACCCGCGGCCGUGACCAAAGCCAGUUUGGUCGCCGCCCUCGCGGCUCUCGGCCGUCUCGGUGUGAAGAAUGGCGACAAGCUGCUGUCCGCGCUCCAGAACGAAUUGUGUCUUCUGCUUGCGAGAGAACGCUUUCGGGAUCUUCCGGGAGAACUCCGUGCAGCCAGAGGGAAAGCACCUGCAGGCGCCAGUGGAGAAGAAUGCCAACGCAUGCAGCAGAGGGAGACGGAACUGGAGAACGAACGUCUCAGCGGAGAUUUGCCCUUCUCGUCUGCCUCUCAAGCUGCAGUCUGCAGUGCUCCCUCUCUGUCUCCACGUUCGACGACUGGGGUCUUUUCUUCUCCUUUUAUUUCAUCUUCUUCUGGUCCUGCUUCCGCGUCCCCGUCUUCUGUUUCGUCUGCCUCUUCAGCUGGUGUGGAAAGCGAUUCAGCGGUCCGGCGUAGACUUCAAGACUCUGGAACCUUGGCCGCUGCUCUGCUCACCUUGCGCGUUGAAAACCUUCCUCUCAUUCGGCUUCUCGUCGAGGAAGUAUCCGCCUGUCUAGAUCGUCUAGGGCAGACCCUCGAGGCGACUCUCGGACAGUCAUCUUCUUCUUCUCCUUCCUCCUCUUCGUUUCUUCCCGCGUUUCCUCUCAGUCGAGAGGAGAAAGAAGAAAGCGCAGCACUGGGGCAAACAGAAGAAGACGUUGCAUUACUCUGUCGGACUGUGGAGGCAGUCUUUCGUCUGUGCGCAGAGUAUGGGCACCCUGUCGAGCCUCUUCGGUCCUCUCUUUGGAGACUCGAGAGAGACAGCUGUCUCCUGGAAAAGGGCCUGGCACAUGCAGAUUUGCUGCGCCUGCUUUCUGCUCUCUGGGAAGAGGAAGUGAGCUUUUCACUUUCGUCGCCGCGCUCAAGACAGACGAAGGAAGGGGGGAACAGUGGCGAGAAAGAGGCACGAGAUACUUUCGAAAGCCUCCGACUAAGUAAAGGCCCAAGCGAAAGAACAGCAGACGGAAGCGCGGCUGCUGUGUGGAGACAGGGAGGAAGCGAUUUCCCUUCAGCCUCGCUUCUUUUCUUUCUUCGCUUCCUCCCUGCUCUGGCGUCUGCGAGAGACGAGGCCUUUGACACUCUUUCUCCGCGGAACCUGCUUCUUCUUCUGGGAUCUCUCUCGAUCUCCACGAAGCACCUGCGUACACGUGCCCGCUCGGCUUCUCCGCCUGAGCUUCUCGGACUUUUGAAUGAGACCAUGGGGAAACAACGCGUCUCCCUCGCGUCUAAAGUUCCCCCCGCUUCUUCUCCUCAGUCCUCUCUUUCCUCCCCUGCUUCCUCCUCUCUGUCUUCUUCCUCCCCUUCUUCUUCCUCUCUGUCUUCUUCCUCUCUGUCUUCUUCCUCUCGGUUGUCCUCUUCUUUGUGCGCCGCGUCUUCGUUCCUGGGGGAAGCAGGCGAAUCGACGACGCAUGGAGGCGGAACAGCGCUUCACCUGGUUGCCCCCGAGCUGUCCGACGCCCGCGAGGCGCGUUUCGCCUCUGCUUCUCAAACGCCUUUCGGCUGCUCUAGCGCGGAGCGAGAGCUAGAGAACGGGAGGACGCAGAUGGAGAAAACUGAAGAGCUGCUUCAAGAACUCGCAGAAGCGCUUGCUCGCGCAGCGACAGCACGAGCGAUCGACGCCACAGCCGCCGAUCUUCUUCUCGGCCUCGCGGCUGUGGAGAGACUGGAGUGCCAUGAGACAGGUCUUCCUUUUUCUGGAGCGUCUUGGAGUCCGACGCCUUCCUUCUCCUUUCUGGGAGACUGCUUUCUUCGAGCUCUCCUUCGCCAGUGGAAACUCGGCAAAGGUCGGGCGCUCUUCAGAGACAUUUCGCAGAGUCAACAUCUCCUCCGUCUUCUGGAGGUACUGGAUGUGAGCGAGAAAGCUGGGCCGCUUCGGGAGGCGCUAAGACAACCGCGAAGCCGUGAGGCGACGCGCAACAGUCAAGCGUGUCUUUCGCUAGGCGCCAAGCCACACCACGAGAGCAAAGAAGCAGAAGACGAGGAUGACGCGCCUCCUGAGGAGACGCCAAAACUGCAGAGCAACCGUGAUCUUCUCGCCGACACGAGCGCCGAAAACAGACGAAGUUUGAGGCUUCUCGAUCGGAGUUCUCUGCCUUUCUUGGACGACGAAGACUUCCCUCGCUCCCACUCCACUUCUCGUCUCCUGCAGCGAGAGAAACGGCCAGGCGGUCGAGGCCGACGGGGGGUGUCCGACUCUCCACAUGACGACGAAGGCGAAGGGGACAGCUGCGAGGAGACAGCGGAGUGGAGAGAGACCCUGGGGGCGGCGCGGCCUCUGCAAAGGGACAUGGAACACGAAGGGCGCGUUCUGGCGCUCCUGGAUGACUCCUACGCAGCCGUGUCUGCAUGCCCUGGACGGAGUGAUUGUUUCUCUUCGAGUUCUUCCUCCGCUUCGUCGAUGAGACAACCGCGCUCGCGACCGCAGACCUGCCAUAAGGGUCGUGAGACGGCGCUCGACAGCACGCUCGAGGAAGACGAAGAGGCGCCCUUCUCCUUCAGGUCCCUCUCUUCCUCCUCCCUGUUGUUCGCUGAUGAGGGUGUGGAGAACGCGCUUCCUCAGAGCGCUGCAAGGGGGGACAAGGCGAAAAACCGCCCGCAAGAAACACUGCCAAAGCGUGGAACAGAAACGGAGUUCCAGGCAGCCAGAGGGAACCGUGGCUCCGACGGGAGUAAGGGAAGAUUUCCGGAAAGUGACGGCUACGUGAGAGACGCCCAAGGGAGACUGCGUGAAUGGUGGGAGGUCAGCGAGCAGGCUCGCUCGGUGCACGGCGGCAAAAGAAAACGGCGAGCCGGGACAAAAGCCCAGAAUAGAGGCUCAGACAAGAAGGGCCUAAGAGCCGAGAGUGGUCGGGGUGUGUUGACAGGGACGUCGUCGAAGCAGAAGUACAAGGCACGGCGACAAGAAGACAAACAAGCAGCUCAGGCAUUUUUCUUGCAUGCAUGACUUUUUAAAUGGUAGAACAAGUCGAGCGUGAUGAACGCGUGAAGCAUUACCCGAGAACGCACCUGUUCUUCACAGGAUUACAUAGUUUCUAUGCGCGCAUGCUCAGUAUAUGCAUGUAUAUGUGUUUGCAUGUAUGUAUAUGUACAUGCUUCAGCAUAUUUGUGGGACCAGGUAAGUAUGAAUGCACGUCAAGAGAUCAGACACAGGUUAAGAGAGGACCAGUGCACUUUGCAUUUCGUUAUUGAGCGUCUGACGGUCGAACGUUUUCGCCGGGAACUGACAUUAAGAUUUCGCGUGUCGUUAA